AUUGAGAGACUGGAGUAGGAGGCAAGUACUGGAGGCCUUCAGCAGAGAAGAGAAGCAAAGGUCAGCAUGGCCCGCCUUCCGCUGCUGCUGCUGCUGCUGCUGCUCUGGGAUGUGGGGUCCCACGGUUUCCCAACACCCAUCUCAGAAACACAAGAGCAAGAUGCGGAUAUAGUGCAGAAAUACCUGGAAAACUACUACAAUCUGAAGAAAGAUGGGGAGAAAAUUGUAAAGCAGAAAAGCCAGAGCACAGUGGUUGAAAAGCUGAAGGAAAUGCAGAAAUUCUUUGGGCUGAAGGUCACUGGGCGGCCAGACGCUGACACCCUGAAUGUGAUGAAGAAGGCCAGGUGUGGGGUGCCCGAUGUGGGUCAGUAUGUCCUCACGGAGGGGAAGCCUCGAUGGGACCGCACAGAUCUGACCUAUAGGAUUGAAAAUUACACACCAGAUCUGCCUAGAGCGGAGGUGGACGAUGCCAUUGACAAAAGCUUUCAACUCUGGAGUGAUGCCUCGCCCCUGACCUUCACCAAGAUCUUUGAGGGUGAAGCGGACAUAAUGAUAUCCUUUGUCCGGGGAGAUCACCGUGACAACUCUCCCUUUGAUGGACCCGGAGGAACCCUUGCUCAUGCUUUUCAACCAGGCCCACGUCUUGGUGGAGAUACCCAUUUUGAUGAAGAUGAAAAAUGGACCAGCGACUUCAAUGAUUACAACUUGCAUCGUGUGGCUGCUCAUGAGUUUGGUCAUUCCCUUGGACUUGCUCACUCUACUGAUAUUGGGGCUCUGAUGUACCCCACCUACAUCUACACUGAUGAGGUGCAGCUGUCUCAGGACGACAUCGAUGGCAUCCAGGCCAUAUAUGGACCCUCCCCAAAUCCCAUCCCACCAACAGGUCCCCAAACUCCACAACCAUGCGAUAGCAAGCUAACCUUUGAUGCUGUCACCACAGUUCGGGGAGAACUGAUGUUCUUUAUAGACAGGUUCUACAUGCGUGUAAACAGCUACUUCCCAGAAGUUGAGCAGAAUUUCAUUUCCAUUUUCUGGCCAAGCCUGCCAAAAGGACUUGAGGCUGCUUAUGAAGCUGCUGAGAGAGAUGAAAUUCGUUUUUUCAAAGGUGAUAAGUACUGGGCUGCCCAGGGGCAGGAUGUGCUGCAGGGGUACCCCAAGAACAUCCAUAGAUCCUUCGGCUUCCCCAGAACUGUGAGCAGCAUUGAUGCUGCUGUUUCUGAUGAAGAAACUGGGAAAACAUACUUCUUUGUCGCUGACAAGUACUGGAGGUAUGAUGAAUAUAAACAAUCCAUGGAUCCAGACUUUCCCAGAAUGAUAGAAGAGGACUUUCCCGGAAUUGAAAAUAAGGUUGAUGCUGUUUUCCAGAAAGAUGGAUUUUUAUAUUUCUUUCAUGGACCAAGGCAAUUCAAGUUUGAUCCUCAAACUAAGAGAAUUCUGUCUGUUGACAAAGCUAACAGCUGGUUCAAUUGCAGAAAUUACUGACCAACUGUUACAGCGGAAAAAUAUAUUUCAAGAACCCAAGGAAGGUGUCUUCCUGAAGAGCCAUUUGUUUAAAUAAAAUACAGAGCUAUUAGGUAUAACCUUACCUAUACCUCAUUCUACAUAUAUUUUUUUAUGCUUUAGAAUGCAAUGUAUUGUGUACUGCUCUAAUUUAGUUCCACAACUGAGAACUAAGAAAAGUCAAGUUCAUGCAUUAUGGAUUCAAAUGGGCCAUUUUUGCAAAGAAGCUCUUUUCCAAAGUAGAAGACUCUGACCCUGAUCCUGGGGUGCAGCUCUUUGAGAGAAGGGACCAGAGAUACAAGACUUUGCCACAGGAGCCUAACAUAUAAGCAGCCGCUAGAGCAUCCUAAUGUGCAACAAACAACUUUCGUUACAGAAAAUAAAAUGCUUUUAUGUUUGGAAUAAGCCA